AUGAUAUUAAGAGACCAAUGUCUUCAUCAUCAGCAACAUUCGUGGCCGUCAUUUAUAUUUCAAAAUUAUGGCAAAUAUUUGACAAAUUAUUUGAUUUCACAUCCAAUUGUCUUUAAGCGUUACAUCCAAUUAGCGACAAUUUGUGACAGCAGUCAUAUUAAAAGUAAUAAUAAGAUACCGCAACCAAAAACCAAUAUAUCGGCAGUUUUGCAUAAAGUGAAUGAUUUGAGACUUGAAGACAAACCAAUACCACCAAUGCCCGGACCUAAUGAACUACUAUUGCGAACAUUAUGUGUUGGCAUUUGUGGAUCAGAUGUACACUAUUGGAAACAUGGAUUUAUUGGAAAUUUUGUGCUCAAAAAUCCUAUUAUUAUGGGACACGAAACUAGUGCACAGGUAGCUGCUGUCGGAUCAGGCGUUAAAAAUUUUAAAGUGGGUGAUCGGGUGUGUUGUGAACCUGCAGUGUCGUGUAGACUGUGUGCCUAUUGCAAAGAUGGUCAGUACAACCUAUGCGAUGAAAUCUUAUGCCACGCGACGCCUCCCUAUGACGGAACUCUAACCCAAUAUUUCAUACAUCCGGCAGAUUUCACGUUCAAACUGCCCGACAAUAUCACUGACGAAGAAGGAGCUAUGAUUGAACCGCUAUCUGUUGCCUUAUAUGCUGCCAAAAGAGCCGGUGUUGAGGGCGGAUCAGCUGUUAUGGUGACGGGUGCCGGUCCUAUUGGUUUGUUUCAAAUGAUGAUCUCUAAAGCGUUUGGAUCACUUCGGGUUAUUGUAUUAGACACUAAUAUGAAUCGCCUAAAACUGGCCAAAUCUAUCUGUGCCGAUGAGAUACUACAAGUUCAUAAAGAUGGCAAUGAAGAACAACUAAUACAAACAGUGCAUCAGCUAAUGGGUAAACCAAUUGAUAUAACUCUUGAAUGUAGUGGCGCACCGAAGAUGGUCAGAUUGGCAAUGUUGAGUACCAAAGAUGGUGGUACUGUCCUAUUGACCGGUCACGGACCUAAAGACAUGAAUCUGCCGAUGUCUACGGCGGCCAUUAGAGAGGUUACAGUUAUGGGUUCUUUUCGUUACCGAAAUUGUUUUCCUUUGGCAAUACAAUUGGUCAGCUCUGGUAAAGUACAGCUCAAACCAUUGAUUUCACAUCGAUUUCCAUUCAAACAAACUUUAGAUGCCUUUAACGUUGCCUUCAAAGGAGAGGGCGUUAAAGUAAUUAUUAGAGUUAAUGAGAUCAUCGCUCAAUGAUUAAUGAUUGCCACCAAAUGUUUAUAAUAUCUCAUUCAAUAU